AUGGAUAAGCUCUCGAGUGAGAUUGUGAUUGACAUACUUUCAAGAUUACCUAUCAAGUCCCUUGUAAGGUGCAGGUGUGUUUGUAAAUCUUGGUUCCAUUUAACACAUGACAUGCAUUUAAUUGAUACUCAUCUUUCUAUUUCCUCUAAAAAUGAAAUCUUUACUGGUCUCAUCCUCAAAAGUUCAAUUCCCAUUCACAGAACUUGUUGGCACAGUAAGUUAUCUUUUGUGCAUAAUGAUGGAACUGAUGAUUAUAAGUGUGUUAAUUUUAACUUGUCACUACCCCUUUUGCACAAUUAUGAAAUUAUGGGUUCUUGCAAUGGAUUACUAUGCUUGUUUGAUCCAAUUGUUAAGUAUUUAACUCAUAUAUUAAAUCCAUGUACUGGUGAAUUUGUUUUCUUGCCUGACCCUAUUAGGGAUUUGGAGGAUCCUGUUAGUGUUGUUGUGGGGUUUGGUUUUUUGCCUAAGAUGAAUGUAUAUAAGGUGGUGGAAAUUGUGUAUUAUAAGAGGGAAAUAGUUGAUGAUGAUAAUGAUGAUUUGAGGUCUAAUGUUUAUGUAUACACUAUGGGGGAUGAUAAUUCAUGGAGACAUAUUGGCUCUUCUCCUUAUUCACUUCGCGGUAGGUAUUUUUCCGAGGGGUUUGUGGAUGGAGCUGUUCAUUGGGUUAGUUCUGGCUAUGAUGGUCCUAAACUUGUUGAUCGGAUUGUUGCGUUUGAUUUGGAAAAUGAAGUGUUUAGAGUCAUUCCUCAUCCUGAUUUUGAUUCGGGUAGACUUAACUAUACUUUGGGAGUUUUACAAGGUUGUCUUUCGGCUACUAGAUUUAAGGUUCAAGAUUAUGUGGAAAUUUGGAUAAUGAAGGAUUAUGGUGUCAAGGAGUCGUGGACAAAGUGUUUAAAAAUAGUUUGUAGUGAAGUUGGGCUAAUGAUCGGAGCAGUCCGGCCGCUCUUGUUCCAGAGAAAUGGAGAAGUGAUGCUGCAGCAUGGUGGCACUUUGUUUUGUUAUAAUCCUCUGACAAAGAAACUACGCGAACUUCGUAUUUCUGGAAUGCCACGGUCCUUCAAGGCUUUUAUUCAUGUUGGCUCUCUUGUUUCACCCCGAAAGUUAUUAAAAUGCGAGAGUACUGAAUUUGCUUGA